AUGGAUAUUCAGCGCAAGGAUGUCGUUGACCCCGCUGCCCGAGAUCGGGUCCGAAGAAAGCGCGACAAGACUGUCGGCCAAACAUUAGACAAUGAACAAACGCUCUACUUUUGCAAUAUCACUCUGGGAACACCGGCGCAAAGCUUGCGCUUGGUAAUGGACACCGGCAGCAGUGAUCUGUGGGUCAAUACUCCCAAUUCCACCCUUUGCGAGUCCAAAUCGAACCCUUGCUCGGACGCCGGUACUUUCAAUGCGAGUGCAUCGUCAUCAUACUCUUUCGUCUCGUCCGAUUUCAACAUCACCUAUGCCGAUGGAUCCACUGCUGCUGGUGACUAUGUGACCGACACUCUCACUGUUGGUGGGACGACUAUCAAAGACUUUCAAUUCGCCGUGGGCUUUACCUCGGCUUCUUCAGAGGGCGUACUGGGAAUCGGAUACACAUCAAAUGAAGUCCAAUCAGGCCAGAAUGGCGAUACAGCCUACAACAACCUUCCCAAAGCCAUGGUCCAGAAAGGAUUAAUUAAGUCCAACGCCUACAGUCUCUGGUUAAACGACCUAGACGCCAGCACCGGCUCAAUUCUAUUCGGCGGAGUGAACACGGAAAAAUACCACGGCUCACUGGAGACACUGCCCGUCAUUAAGGUCGGAGGCGUAUACUCCGAAUUCAUCAUCGCCCUGACAGGCGUUUCCGUCUCCACAACAUCCAAAACCCACAAAUACACCUCCACUGCCCUGCCAGCAGGCGUCCUCCUCGACUCAGGAAGUUCCUUAACAUACCUGCCCGACGCCAUCACGCAAGAUAUCUACGACGCCCUGGACGUCACCUACGACUCCUCGAAUGGAAUCGGCAUUGUUCCGUGCAGUCUUGCUGAGAAGGACGUCAACGUCACGUACACCUUUUCUUCGCCGAAAAUCAGCGUCGCGGUGAGCGAACUGGUCCUCAAUAUGGGCGACUACCGGUACAAUAAUGGUGAACGGGCUUGUAUUUUUGGAAUCGCACCUGCGGGUAGUAGUACCGCGGUGCUGGGAGAUACGUUCCUGCGCAGCGCGUAUGUGGUGUAUGAUCUUGCGAACAAUGAGAUCUCCCUCGCGAACACGAAUUUCAACGCGACAGAGAGCAAUAUUCUUGAGAUUGGGACCGGCACGGAUUCAGUGCCCAGUGCUACGGCCGUGGCUAACCCAGUGACGUCCGUUGCUGUUGCUGGUUCGGGCGCGCGCAUUGGUGGGAUCGGUGGUGGUAGUGGUAUUUUCACGACGACGGAGAACGCGGCGCCGAGGCAGACUGGUAUGGCCCAGCAUCUGGCUAUCGGGUUGGCUGGGGCUGGAUACUUACUUGCUCUGUGA